AUGCGAUCUUACAGACUGAGCGAGAAGAAACCCGACGUGUGGUUCGCCGCUGGCGACGAGCUGCCGUACGCCUCGGCACCUUACUCGCCCCCAACGAGUCCGGUGGUGCAGCCCUCAACGCCCAAGCCACCGUGCGAGUAUUGUGAUGCAUGCGGACGUACCCACUUCUUCCCCCGCCGACUGCUGGACAAUAAUCGCUGGCUGGCAGUCUUGUACCCCGCCGUCACACUCUAUCUCUUAUUUGUAUAUAUCUUGAACUGGACCUUCCCCAACCUCGUCGUUACGGAGCUUGGCGUCCUCGCGGCUAUCAAGCGCUUCGGCCCGAACGCAGCCAAGACGCGCAACCGCGUCCUGGUGGGAAUUGCCCAGGCGCUCUUCUUGUGCCUGUUCCUCGCCGGCGUCGUCAUGUCCGGCGCGACAGCAACGGGCGCGGUGCGAGUGUUCCACGGCGCGCACGGGCAGGCUAUCGAAUGCUCGUUUGUGCUCGGCCUUCUCGGCGUGAUGGGAGUACAGACGAUCCUCUUUGGCCUGUGGCUGCGCCGCGAGAAGAUCAAGGUCGACGAAGCAGAGGGGAGCCACUCGCGCUCCGUGUCGGUCGGGAGCGGGAGCAGCGUCGAGCUCGGGUUCGAGCCUGCGCCCAGUCCGCUUGCUGAGCCGCCCGUGAUCGAGCUCGCCGACCCCGAGUGUAUCAAGGUCGUCGCUGUGCGCGAGGACGAAGUCAUGCGCCAGAAGGAAGUGUGGCGGCGCAAGGCGGCCCUCGAGGCCGCUGCGCUCAGACGGCCGCUCGUGUGCUAG